GGCCCCCUUUUCUAAAUCUAGUUGAAGAAAGUUCCCCUAUGAAUGAUAUAUUGAUUGAAUAACAACACUGAGGUUGAUGCUUUUGACUUGAAAUGCGGUCGACCUGGAUUCCGGCGUUCGUGUUGGCGGCCGCUAUACAAGGUGUUCGCGGCGCUGGUCGCAUAACUUGCUACGGGUUCGAUGGAAAUCCUCGUGGAAACAACACGAGAUGCCCCGGAUCGAAUGCUUGCUGCGGUAUAGAAGCCGACUGUCUGUCUAAUCGACUAUGCCACAACCCUGGCGACGGGCCGGGAAUUCUUGUGAGAGGACCAUGUAGGGUUGAUCCAUACGACUCGGGAACCUGUGCGCAGAUUUGUCUCUAUAGUGAGUCCACUUUCAAAGAUGAAACAACUGGCUUUUUUCCACGUGUGCAUAUAUGCGAUAACGGCUCUCUCUGCUGUGAAAACCGUCCGCGCUGUUGUAACGAUGGUGCUGGCAUCUUUCUCGACAAUCAGGGAAGCAUUGCCGAUAGAGCCCCAAGCACGACCUUCACAUACGGCCCUGAGCGAACGGCAGCCACAUUCCAAACUGCUAGUGAGAGCACUACCACUUCAUCCCAGGCAACGACCUCGGUCGUGUCGUCGACGUCGUUAUCAUCGAGAACACCGAUUCCAUCAGGCCCUUCGCCCUACAAUCCUAAUGACAGUAACAAUAGCCGUGGCGAUGACGAUGAUAGGAAUCUGGGACUUAUCGUUGGCCUAAGUGUUAGCAUUCCCCUGGUUUGCAUCAUUGCAAUCUGCUUCGCGGUAUAUUCGUUCUGGUGGAGGAAACGAACUCCUAGCCAACCAGCCACGCAGCAACAUCCGGUAGACUGUCCGGUAAAGCAGGAACGUCCGAUAGACUUUCCGGUAGAGCUAGCGGGGUGA